AUCAGUAAGCCCUUUAACUUUUCUUGGGUUGCAAGUCUUGUAAAAGUAUGGAUGGGAAACCUGUGAAUGUGCAAAUCUACGAUUUUUUAAAGUGAAAAAAUCUCUGUCCCUGGCCAGUAUUAAGGAAUGAAGGAAUGAAGAAUGACUCCAUCAAUUAAAAAGACAAAUUACGUUUAUUUUUCCAGAAAAGAUACAUAUCGGUGUAGUUAAUUUAAUAUUUAAAUCAGGAAUCCAGAAAAAUGCAAGUCCCUCUGCCUUAAUAAAAAUGCAUAACCCAAUUUUCCUUUCUAUGAGGAGGUGGUGUCAUCAGGAAAUAGACUCCAUUGUAGAUUUAAAUUAAUUUUGGCUUUCCUUUACGUGAAGUGAGGAGAGAAUGACAACAGUGACAGUCUAAUGCAUGAUGAAAUUUACUAAGCAGAACUUUAUAUUUUUAGUUGCUGGAUUUAUAGUUUAUGUAGUUGAUAUUGGAGUGGACUUCUGGGUAGUUAGUAAAUAUUUCUGUCAAGGACAAUAUUUUUGGAGUAUAUUGAUCCUGUGUUUUAGGGGUCUUUCAUCAUUAGUAACUCAGAUAUUCAGUUAUGAGUGGUUUGAAAACGACUGGGAAGGCACUAACACUGGGAAGCUGAAAUGGAUUUUUCUAGUUCAUUUCUUUCACUGUGGAAUUUUUCUAAGGUAUUGGUUUGCUUUGAAGUAUGGCUGUCAAGCUGCAUUUAAACAAAAUGACAUCAGAGAUGCAUCAGAUCCAGACCCUCCCAAUUUCAUUCAAAAAAGGGCUCUUGAUGUAGUGACUGAUAUUAGCAUGCUCAGGGUGUUCAAGACUUUUCUUGAGACCACACCGCAGCUUUUUGUCCAAAUCUAUAUCCUCGUGGAACAUGGUGAAGAUGAUCUCUGUCAAUAUGGUGCCAUUUUUAUGUCUUUUUGUGGUAUCUCCAUUUCAACGGUUGACUAUCAGAUAUCGUUACGAAAAUCUCUGCCUGAUAAAGAGGACUUUCACCUGCUUCCCAAGUUAGUGUACCUCUUCUAUAAACUGCUCACCAUCACUUCUUGGCUACUCAGUAUUUCCCUCAUCACUGUAUUAAGUGUUGGAGGUUCUGUAAUUCUGCUGAUAGUUCUUUGGCUCUGUGGCUUCGCCUGGACUUUGAAACAACACACGACAUUUUGCAACUCUAAGAAGAUGGAAUAUCUGUACAGAACUGUUGUUGGGAUCAUUCUCAUUUUUACCUUUUUUAACGUAAAGGGGCGAAAAACAAAAGUUUUCAUUUCUAUUUAUUAUGCUACUCACACUGUUGUAACUUUAGGUGUUUUGUUUGGAUAUAUGUUUUGGAAACCUUCCGUUAUCAAGGACAUACAUUUGACAGUUGUGAGCAUCCUAAUGAUUCUUGGUCUGGUGUUAGGUAUUAUUUUUCUUAUUGUUUACUACAGGCAUUUUCAUCCCAGUACUUAUUGCAGACCGCAAGCGUGUUCAGACGAAGUUGAUGGAGAGGCAGGACAAAGAGUGGAAGUUGGGAGAUUUCAAAAUUUCCUAAUGCAAUGAACAGUAUAGAAUUAUUUUUUUAUAUGUGUGUGUGGACUUCAAAGCAAAUACUUGCUGGAUGGUCUGUUUCUCUGUCAUUGUUUCUCAUGUAUCAUCAAUGAGUAGUACAUAAUGGACCAGAGUUACUGGCUCUGAAUAACUAUUGUUUUCUGUGAUGCUGUACAAAGUGUUUAGAA